CCCUCCCCACUGAGCCUCGCUGCUGCAGGAGCUGAAGGUUCUUCCCAGGACUUUUGGCUGGGACGGGAGGCAGGGUUGGGAGCCACUUUCUCAUCCCGACAGCAGCUUCACGUGCCUAGGAAGAUGGUGGGGAUCUUCGGGGCCUCGAGUCUACUAUGGAUGGUGCUUGUGGCUUCUCAAGCUUUUAAAGUCGAGAUCUCGCCCAAGUCCCCGGUGAUGGCUCCCAUCGGUGCCUCGGUCUCGCUGACCUGCAGCACGACAGGCUGCACAUCGCCCUCCUUCUCCUGGAGAACCCAGAUGGACAGUCCUCUGAACGGGAAGGUGAGGACCGAGGGCCCCACGUCCACGCUGACCAUGGACCCUGUCAGCUUCAGGAACGAGCACUCCUACCUGUGCACGGCUGUGUGCGAGACCAGGAAGGUGGAGAGGAGCAUCGAGGUGCACGUCUACUCUUUCCCCAAGGACCCGGAGAUUCAUCUCAGUGGCCCUCUGCAGGUUGGACGGCCGGUCACAGCCACCUGUCUGGUCCCUGAUGUUUACCCAUUCGACAGGCUGGUGAUUGAUUUGCUGAAAGACAAACAUCUCUUGAGAAAUCAGGAGUUUCGGGAGCUUCCGGAGAGCAAGUCCCCGGAAACCAUGCGUUUGGAAGCGACCUUCACUCCGACCCGGGAGGAUAUUGGGAAAGCUCUUGUUUGCCGAGCGGCGUUACACAUUGAUGAAAUCGAUGCAGAGCUCCGAGAAAGGGAUACCACAAAGGAGCUGCAAGUGGACAUCCCCCCCAGGAACAUCGCCACCUCUGUGAGUCCCUCCACGAGGCUGCGAGAGGGCGGCUCCGUGACAAUGACGUGUACCAGUGAAGGCCUGCCGGCCCCACAAAUUUUCUGGAGCAAGAAAUUAGAUAGUGGGGAGCUGCAGCACCUUUCUGGAAACUCAACGCUCACGCUGGUUGCCAUGAGGAUGGAAGAUUCUGGAACCUAUGUGUGUUCAGGAGUGAAUCGGGCUGGGGAAGACAAAAAGGAGGUGGAAUUAAUUGUCCAAGAAAAGCCGUUCAGUGUUGAGAUCUCGCCGGGGCCCCAGGUGGCUGCGCGGGUCGGGGACUCGGUGGUGCUGAGGUGCGCUGCCGCCGGCUGCGAGGCCCCGUCUUUCUCGUGGCGAACCCAGAUCGACAGCCCUCUGAGCGGGACGGUGAGCAGCGAGGGGGCCACGUCCACACUGACGCUGAGCCCUGUGGGUUUCGAGAACGAACAUUCUUACCUGUGCACUGUGACCUGUGGACGUAAGAAGCUGGAGAAGAGAAUAAAGGUGGAGCUCUACUCGUUCCCCAGGGACCCAGAGAUUGAGAUGAGUGGUGUACUGGUGAGUGGGAGCCCGGUCACAGCAAGCUGCACAGUUCCUGACGUGUACCCUCUCGACCAGCUGGAGAUCCAACUCCUGAAGGGGGAGCAUAUCAUGAAGAGUAAAAACUUUUUGGAGUCUAAGAAAUCCCUAGAGACCGGGAGUUUGGAAGUGACCUUCAUCCCCACCACUGAAGAUACUGGCAAAGCUCUUGUUUGUCAGGCUAAGUUAUAUAUUGAUGAACAGGAAUUUGGACCCAAAGAACGGCAGAGUACACAGGAGCUCUAUGUUAACACUGCCCCCAUGAAUAUAACCAUCCUGGUCAGCCCCUCCUCCAUCCUGGAGGAAGGUCGUUCUGUGACUAUGACGUGCUCUAGUGACAGCCUCCCAGCUCCGAAGUUCCGGUGGAGCAGGCAACUUGGGAAUGGGCAGCUACAGUUUUUUUCUGAGAAUACAACUAUCACCUUAACUUCUACAAGAAGGGAAGAUUCUGGUAUUUAUGUAUGUGAAGGGAGCAGCCAGACUGCGAUAAGCAAAACAGAAGUUGAAUUAAUUAUCCAAGUGGCUCCAAAAGACAUACAACUUACAGCUUCUCCUUCGGAGAGUGUCAAGGAAGGAGACACUGUGACUAUCUCCUGUACAUGUGAAAACGUUCCCCAAACCUGGAUCAUCCUGAAGAAAAAAGCCGAGACGGGAGACACCGUGCUCAAGUCCAUAGAAGGCGAAUACACCAUCCAGAGGGCCCAGUUAGAGGACGCGGGCGUGUACGAAUGUGAAUCUAAACACGAGCUUGGCUUGCAGUCCCGAAGCAUCACACUUGAUGUAAAAGGAAGAGAAAGCAACAAGGACUAUUUUUCUCCGGGGCUCCUUGUGCUGUACUGUGGGUCCUCCUUGGUCAUUCCUGCCCUCGGGAUGAUCAUCUACUUUGCCAGAAAGGCCAACAUGAAGGGCUCCUACAGUCUGGUAGACGCGCAGAAAUCCAAAGUGUAGCCCACGUCUGAAAUGCUCCACCAGAGACACUAUUUAUCAGCCCAAAGCCUUCACACCCACCAUGAGACAAGCGACGAGCUGAGGGUCCUGACUUCCCGGAUGCAGCAAGCUCUCAGAAAGAAGUGGCUGCCUGAGCUUCUGGCUGUGGCAAGAAGCCCGAGGAAAACUUUCUGGAUGAGAAACAGGCACGACCACAGAGAUGGGAGGCCUGGAGGCACUCCCUGAUGUGUAUAUACAGUAGAAGGGUCUGUACAUAUGUAACAUAAAAUGAUGCCCUAGCAAGAUUGCUUGGAAUGGCGGCACCCAUAGGCUGAGCUCUAAAAUAAUUCAACAGCGUUGCCUGGACUGGUUGUUCUAACUUAAUGCAUCUUAGAAACAAAUGUAAUAUUAAUGUUGACUGGCAGCUGACCUGUCAUCUUUUUCUAUUUUAUUUCCCGUAACUAAAUUUGAUUCCUAUCAAGUUCACGGACAACAACAUCAUGUUUGUAAAAUACCAGGGUUUUAUAUUUUUAUAGGCAAAUGAUAAACCAGGAGGGUGUGGGUUGUCUUUCAGGUACUAAACACUUCAGCCUACGAGGUGGCAGUUGUCUGGUUUCUCUGGAUGGUACUGACGUGGUACGGAGAUGCCUGGUGGUGUUGUUUGUUCAUCAAACUUUCCCAAGUGACCUACUAGUGCAACUUCUUUCGAUUUUUUUUUUGUAAAUGUUUAGCUGUUUUUGUAUAGUAAAGCGAUCGUUUCUGGACUUGUA